GCUAGUCAUUCCCUAGCCAGGCUGCUGAAACCUUAUCCCAGAAACAGAGGAGGGGCAGCAGGAGAAGAGCGCCGGCCGGCUCCAGAAUCUAUGUGCUCUGAGGAAGCGAGGAGCGCAGAGCAGAGCAAAGUCGGAGACGCUUUGGGCCUGCCAUUUCACUGCCGGCUUCGCUUCGCGUGAUCGGGCGAUGUGCGGGGCUCGGCGGCAGCGGCGCACGCCGCGGGAGCGGGACGUGGCGGCUUGGUUCUUCUUCCUCGCCUGCUGCCUCCUUGUGCUCGCCGUGUCUAGAGCAGAGGAGCCGCGCGCAUCGCCGGUGAGCGGGAGAGGAGGAGGGGAGGAGCAGCGGCUGAGCAGGGUGGGGUCGAGGCCGCCGUGCUGCGUGUGCGAGCGGAGGUGCGGCGGCUGCGCGCCGUGCACGGCCGUGCAGGUCCGCGCCGGAGUCGGGCCGCUGUGCGCCAACUACGAGCCCGUCAGGUGGAAGUGCAAGUGCGGCGACGCCGUCUUCGACCCAUGACUCCAUGAGAUAAUUCAGAUGAACGCGUGCACUGCAGCCUGCAGGGCAAAGCGGCGGCGGUCGAUAAUUCAGGUGAUGCCGUUCGCCAUCGCCAUGCAAUGUACAGCAAGUAGAAAUAAGGUCCGCAUGCAUGCAUGGCUGGUACUAGGAGUAAAUAGUGUAGUAAUACAAGCUGCGGCAGCACAGGGAUUGACUGUAACGAGUGCCAGAG